UUUACGAAGAGGGUGUGUAACUGCGAGAGUUCAUAAUGUUAGGCUGUAAGUCGAAAGCAAAGCACCAGACGAAGCUGCGCGAACUGACGAGAGCAUGAGGAGCAGCAGCCAGUGUGAACGCGGAGCAGCUCAGAGCGCGAUGAGCCCAGCACACAACUCAGCCCUGAUGCUCGGGGUCCUCUUCAUCUCCUUUAUACCCAUCACCACAAGUGCUCCAGUGCUCUUGAAUCCAUCUUCAAUAGAGCAUGAGCAGUUACUAACCCAGAUAACUGAUCUGUGCUCAUUCUACCUCUCUGCAGACCCGUCCUUUAGAACAUCUGAUGUCCUGGAGGACCUGUGUUUCCUAAUGCUGGGAUCACUGCAAAAAUCGAAGGAGAUCACAGCUCGAGAGACCAGCAAAAGGUCUACUGUGUUGCACCCUCUUCUGGAGCUCAUACCCCAGCUUGCCAGAAGAAGAAGCAGGAGAAUGAAAUUAAAUGUAUGUAUCCUGCAUGCUUACCUUCAUUCAGACUACAUUAGCGCUGAUGACCUUCAAGGGCCCGGACGGAUCCAGAGCAGAGGGUACUUCCUUUAUCGGCCACGAAAUGGAAGAAGAUCUGAUGAUUAUGUGUAAAACAAUAAAGAAUUGAAAAAUCAGCAGCACCAGACCCCAUCCCGCAGGUGUGCUGAUCCAUAGAAACGUCAAACGUUCCAGAAAACACCUCUCUAUUGAAUUUUGAUGUUGAAUGUACAGACAGAAUCCAAAUAAAGUCUUUUAUCUGUUCAAACAUUCCUGUUUGUGUAAC